CUGCGGUCCCGCGCAGCACCCACGCUGCGAGCCCAGCCCAUCCGGAGCUUCCAAACCAGCGCAAAGCGGAUGAUGCCACUCCCCAAAGAAGAGCAGUCCGGCCACACCGUCUCCCAGCGCCUACGCUCACUCAAGCGGAUCCCACCGGAAUUGAUCCCACUGGGUGUCGUGCUUGCUGCUGCCAUUUUCGCCGCGGUCUGGAGUUUGAGCCGCAAGCUGUACACGGACACGACGCUCCGGCUGUACCGGCAAGGUCCUGAGGCGAAGAAGGCCUGAGUGUUCAUUUAAACGGCAUGCUUGAGGCACAUACACAAGCUGCGAAUGGGGCUGAGAGCGGCUUGACGACACGAUUGCACAAGCAUUUGAGGUGCAGAGACAGACUGUAAGCUCUGGCGUUCUGUAGCACGGACACAUCGGAAUGACAUCGAAGUUGUAUCACCUACACUGAGA